AUGGAACGGCCACUGCAGAUGCACCUGGAGGACAUAAGGAGCCGGACUCAAGUCAUGAUCCUGGGAGCCAUCGCCCUGGCUGCCCUACUGAGCCCCCAUGGAACUGGGGCCGUGAGGGGCGAGUGCUCGGUGGGCCACGUGUCAAUGUAUGCCGAGUUUGUCCAGACACACAGACCCUCUGGGGAGUACAUAUUUGAGUUUGAUGAGGAUGAGCAGUUCUAUGUGGACCUGGAUAAGAAGGAGACUCUCUGGCAUCUGCCAGAGUUUAUACAUGCCUUUGACUAUGAUGCUUGGAGGGGUAUUGCUGACAUCGUCGUGGCAAAGAAGAACCUGAAUACCCUGAUCCAACGGUCGAACCACACCAGGGCCACAAAUGAGCCACCUGAGGUGACUGUGUUUCCCAAGGAGCCUGUGGAGCUGGGACAGCCCAACACCCUCAUCUGUCAUGUGGACAAGUUCUUCCCACCUGUGCUCAAUGUCACAUGGCUGCGCAAUGGGCAGAUGGUCACCGAAGGUAUAGCUGAGACCAUCUUCCUGCCCAGCACAGAAUUCAGAUUCCACAAGUUCCACUACCUAACCUUCCUUCCCAUGGCUGAAGACGUCUAUAACUGCAAGGUGGAGCACUGGGGCCUGGACCAGCCGCUCCUUCAGCACUGGGAGGCCCAGGAGCCAAUCCAGGUGCCUGAGACGAAGGACGGUGUGGUCUGUGUCCUGGGCCUGGUGGCAGGUGUGGUGGGCAUCAUCACUGGCAUCAUUGUCCUGAAGACCAGGCGGCCCAACAGCGUGCCUGGGUGCAGGGGCUCCUGA